AUGUCCAACCUCGGCGCUCAUCCGCAGGUGAUAACUGUUAACAAAAGUGCUUAUAAUAAUUCUCCAGUUAUGAAUUCAUCGGCAAAAGGUAGCAUUAGCAGUCCACAACUUAUUGGGAUAUCUUCCAUCAUUGCAAAUUCGCAGAAUAGAGGUAAUUCAGUGAAUUAUACCACGACUAACCAUCAGAACUCUAGCCCACAGCCUCUUGUUACUAAACAACUUAAUAACAUUUCACCUUCUGUAAGAUUUGUUGUGAAUAAUGCAAAGCCUUCUUAUGGCGUGUCGUCAAAUGUGGUUCACACAUCAAGCGCUCAAAACAUGAACAUCACCUCACAGAAUAUUGUGUCGCAACCAUUGACUAAAGUAACUAUUGGUGCGAAUAAUGCAAUUCAUAAUUUAAACUUAACCACAGUGGCCUCCGAGCAGAAAGUAUUACCAAACGGGAGUACACAUCUACAGAGUGUACAGCUCAAAGAUGGAUCUGUGAUAUCUCAACAGAUUAUGAAAAAUGGUGCAAAUCAUGUUGUCAUUAAACGGGAACAAGGUGAUAUUUCCUCAAAUUCUGUGAUUCAAGGAGUUCAUCAGUCGAUGGUCAGCUCCGGAACCCAACAGAUUAUCAAAGGUAUUGGUGGAGAAAGUGGCCGUGGUGUUGUUCGAACCCCAACACCCAUCACACAGCAGAAUUUGUUGCAGGCGACUGUUGGUACAAUGUUAGGAAAUUCUUCGCCCUCGGUUUCGGUAAGUGCAGUGGCUACAGGUGUUUCUUCAAUGAGACCUGCAUUGCAUAUACGACCUGGACAAGUUCGGAUCACAAAUCCGGUUCGUGCUCAGCAUCCGACACUCGCUCCAAGGCAGCAGACCCCCCACACAAAUACACUGACCUUACCACAAGGUGCCUUGUUAAUGAGGAACGAAAAUGGGCAGCUAGUGCUUGUCUCGGCUCCACAGGGAGCUCUUCAGCAGGCACAAGGAGGCAGCACUGUCAUCACAUCCAUGGCUUCCAGUGGCGGUCGGUUACCACAGGGAGCUCUUCAGCAGGCACAAGGGGGCAGCACUCCUCUGACAACGCAGGCAUCAGUCAGAGCUGCGGGCAAUGGGCAGACGAUGGUGACCAUCCAGCCACAGGUGCAGCAGCAGCAGCCUGUACAGGUGAGGGCUGCGGCCAUGACCCCAACCGUGAUGUCCACCAGGAGUCUGCAGCCGUCCACCGACACGGUCACCAAAGUCCUGUCGGGUCAGUCUGCUACUGUGUCCGUCAGUCAGCCAGUGCCGGCUAACAUCGCUAGCAACACUGGGGAGGCUUCUGGAGACACCCAUAAAGCCAUGCUGGAAAAUGUGAACAAAUGCAAGAACUUCCUGUCGACGCUCAUCAAUCUAGCUGCCAGUCAACCAAAGGACACAGUGAAAAAUGUAAAAGCGUUGAUCCAGGGCCUUUUAGACGGGAAAGUGGAGCCAGAGGUGUUCACGGAACGAUUGCAGCGAGAGCUUCAGUCAUCGCCGCAGCCGUAUCUUGUCCCAUUUCUCAAGAAAAGCCUUCCUGUGUUGAGAUAUUCCUUGAUCAAAGGUCUGAUGACAAUAGACGGGAUCAAACCACCACCUCCUGCAAUCAUGGCUCAGACUCAACCUGUUGGCCAGACCACAGCACCUCCCAGGAUCAUCACACAGCAGGUCAUUACCCCGCGACCUGUAGUGGCAGCUCACACCAUUAGAACAUCCAUGCCGCAGGUAACACAGUUGCCUGGUCCACAAGCAAGUCGGGCAGCAGUGGUUAGACAGACCUUGCCGCAGAUGGCAGUGACCCAAAGUGGAAACAAAGUCCUAGUGCCGGCUCUUCCUCGCUCACAUUCCACUCUCGCCCAGGCCAGUCCCCGGAUAGCUGUUCAGCCAUUUCCUCAAAUGGUGCGUCCGGCCAGGCCUGCUCUGUCUGCGGUUACCAUCAAGCCAGAGCCAUCCACUCCUGCUGCAGGUUAUCGGGAGAAAAGGAAAUUUGAAUCUUUAAAAGAUGGGGAUGAUGAUAUCAACGACGUCGCGACAAUGGGAGGAGUGAAUCUGUCCGAGGAGUCUAAAAAUAUCCUGGCUACCACAAAUGCGGAUGCUAUUGGUGCUCACCUCCGAUCUUGUAAAGAUGAGAUCUUUUUGCCGGCCACGCCUCUGCUCAGGAAGAUUACAGCAAUUGCCAAAAAAUACGGUAUUGAAGAGAUCAGCCCUGGGGUGGUGAGUAUGAUAUCCCAUGCCACCCAGGAGCGGUUGCGGUGCAUGGUUGCCAACUUGUCCACCAUCGCUGAACACAGGGUGGAGAUGUACAAGUUUGACAACAGAUACGAGGCAGCAUCAGACACUAAACAUAAGCUCAAAUUUCUGGAGGAGCUCGACAAAUUGGAGAGGAAACGACACGAAGAACAGGAACGAGAAAAGCUACUCAGGGCCAUAAAGAGUCGAUCCAAGAAUGAAGACCCUGAACAGUUGAAGCUGAAACAGAAGGCAAAAGAGCUGCAACAGAUGGAGGCCGAAGAGCUACGGCAGAAGGAAGCCAACCAGACGGCUCUGGCCGCUAUUGGGCCGCGUAAGAAAAGGAAGUUAGAUUUCUUAGACUCCUCAAAAACAGGGGCAGGUGCAGGUGUUGGGUCAUCAGAUGCAAGUACCAGUUCCUCCAUGUCGUCGGUGAUGCGCCCCCGGAUUAAGAGAGUGAACAUGCGAGAUGUCCAGCUCUUAAUGGAAUCAGAGCGGCCGACACGGAAAUCUGAACUCUUGUAUAAAUCAUACUUGAAAUGA